AUGGCUUCUAGACCUCCUCCUACUGUUUCUGUCGAGCGUAACCCAUCUGACAACACCAGGCUGUUAGAGUCUGUGAUAGAGGCUCUUCAACAACAGAACGUUGCCUUGGUGCAGCAGAACACGACCGCUUUACAGAGUUUGGAAGCCGCACGUGCCAACUCUGAAGCGACCCAAAGACAACUGAUGGAGAUCAUAGCAACCACGGGGAACACAGCCGGAGCGUCCACUUCCUCUGGGAAUCAUCAGACCGAAUGGAGUUUGGAGAGUUUUCUCCAACAUCACACUGCUAAGUUCAAUAGGAAGUGCCUCCCUGAUGAGGCCGAUCAGUGGCUACGGGACAUGGAACGAAUCUAUAAUGCUAAGGGGUGUCCGGAUGACAAGAGGCUGGCCUUUACAGAGUAUCUGUUGACUAGAGAGGCUAGUUAUUGGUGGAUGAGCAUGAAGAUGAUUAUGGCGGACACCCAAAGUCUCAUCUCGUGGGAAGUCUUCAGAAGCAAGUUCUAUGAGGAGUAUUUUCCAAAUAGCGUACGUUUCGCUAAAGAGGUGGAGUUUCUCCAGUUGGUGCAAGGUGGGAUGUCUGUAUCGGAGUACACCAACAAGUUCAAGCACUUAGUAAGGUUCAACACUAUGGCUACCAGUGAAGAGUGGCAGUGUCGGAAGUUUGAAAAUGGGCUGAGGAGUGAUUUGAAGCUACUGAUAUCCAGCCUGUGUAUUAGGUCUUUUCCUGCCAUGGUUGAGAGAGCUAAAGUAUUGGAGAAGAACGUGGCAGAAGUGGAACAACAGAAGAAGCAACAGCAGACGGUCAGAGGAGCAAUUAUUUCAAGGAACGCUUUGGGUCAAAGGAGGAACCCAUACACUCGUCCUGUACUAACUGCCAGUUCUAGUGGGACUCCUUCUCAGUCUAUGGUUGCGGUCGUGCAGUCUGGACAGCCGGGGAUCGUAACUUGCUUUCAGUGUGGAGGACCACACUAUUGGUCUUCAUGUCCUCAGCUAGUUGGAGGAAAGUAUUGCGCUCGAUGUCGAAGAAAUGGACAUCUUGAGAGCGAGUGUAAUAUGGGUAGGUGA